ACGCAGAGCGCGAGAGGAACCCACAGCGCCGAUCUCCGCCCGCCUUUGGCCGUCGAGACUUUCCGCCAAGGGGGGUGUUCAUCGUGCCAGCCAUGAGCACCUCGGGCACGCAUGCCGCCCUCUUCGCCCUGCUGGCCAUCGCCUUGACAGCGACAUGCGCCCAGACUCAGUCCACCGCUCUGGCCAAGCUGGAGGCCGCGCGAGCCCUCUGGGCGUCCAAUGGCUCCUCAGACUACACGAUGCGCUACCAGCUCACCUGCCACUGCCACCCCGACGAUACGGAUCCGUUCAUAGUCACAGUGCAGGGCGGCGUCGUGAUUGACGUGGUGGUAGAGGGGUCCAACCGACAACCGCCCCAGGACGUGAUCAACACCAUCCCGACGGUGGAGGGGAUGUUUAACGAGAUCGAGCGGGGGCUGUCGGCCGGCUACGCGCAUGUGGGGGCGAGUUACGACCCGGCCACGGGCGCGCCCGUGACCGUUUACUUUGACUACAAUGGACAGGCAGUGGACGAUGAGGUGCAUUACAGCGUCCGAAUCCUGGACUUGGCGACGGGCGGCGGGCAAGCCCUCCCCGGCCCCUCCCCUCCCCUCUCGGCGACGGCGACGGACGGGCCCUCCCCUCCUCUCUCGGCGACGGCGACGGGCGGGCCCUCCCCUCCCCUCUCGGCGACGGCGACGGGCGGGCCCUCCCCUCCCCUCUCGGCGACGGCGACGGGCGAGCUGCUCCCCCAAAGCGAGGGAGGCGCGAAGGGAGAUGAGGAGGAAGAUGACGAGUAG